GUGGCAUUGUACGUUGAAAUUGUUAUUUCUUGUCGAUGACUCUAGCCUCGUCAGCCGUAUCGCGGUUCUCAUUUUGAAAUGUGGAUUUUCACACUCUUUUGCGUUGCAUAUCUUAGUUAUUGCCAUGGAUAUUAUAUAGUAGUGGAUGCUAAUUCUGAAGAGUGCUUCUUUGAUCGGGUUGCUAGUGGCAGCAAGCUCACACUUCACUAUGAAGUCGCUGAGGGUGGUUUCCUUGAUAUAGAUGUCAAUGUUUACAAUCCUAGUGGCGUUAAGGUUUUUGAAUCCCUCAGAAAAACAAACGGAAGGCCUGAAUUUGUUGCAACGGAAGCUGGAGAUUAUAGGUACUGUUUUGGAAACCGAAUGAGUUCCAUGACACCAAAAGUUGUACUUUUUGAAAUGGCAAUAGAAGAAGACCAAUUGAAAGUCAAUGAAAGCGAUGAUGAAGAGCACAAGAGGCUUGUUUCAAUGGUUAAUGAGUUAUCACACUCAAUAUCUAGUGUUAAAUUAGAGAUGGAAUACGUUUCUGUAAGGACUCAAAUUCACUGGGAAAUUAAUAAAAAUACUAAUUUUCGUGUGGUCGUUUGGGCUGCUUUCGAGGCAUUCUUAAUCAUUGCCAUGAGUAUUGGUCAAGUUUUCUAUCUUAAGCGUUUCUUUGAAGUCCGGAGAUUAGUUUAAUUGACAGGUUCUUCCUGUUUUGUAACUAAAUUCUAGUGCUUCCUAUAUUUUUGAUGCUUAAUUUAUUCUAUCUGUAUAGUAUACAAAUUGUUGCAUUCUCAUCCAUUGUAUCUGUGUGAUUUUUCUCUACACUUAUUAAUUUUUCAGUACAACUGUUGUAUUUUCAACAUCAUUUGUUACAUUGUAAUUCAAACACUUACUAUUCUCUCAUCACUGUGUUCUUGACUACAGUGUCUUUAAAUUCACCAGUGUCUUUUUAAGGUCCCUUUUUAUCUUGUUUAUAAAUAGGUAUGUGGUUGUUUGUGUAUUAUCAAUAUAACUUAUGAUGGACUGUUUAUUUAAUUCAUAACAUUCCCGAUAGUUAUCACGUUUUGUUUCUUUAUAGACUAGAAGUUAUACGUUUCGACGUGAUUAAGAUCUACCUCAGUGUAAUAAAUCGGUCUAUUUGAAGUACAUUUAGUUAUUGUAUUCGGUACUACCUACAGGAGACUAUAUCACCUACUGUAUGAUGUAUGAUAUUCUCAGCAGACCAUCAUAUUUUAUUUUUCGCUUGUUACAGG